ACCAGUAUAAUUCACGACCUUUUUGCAUCCGAAUUGGCGCAUUUCGUCGUAAAAUAUGGCAGCGAUCGCCGGCCGCCAGACAGCGGUCGGCUAUUGUCUGUCUGUAGCUGGCCGCUGGCCGCGCGCCGCCCGUGAAUGGGACAAGUUCACAACCCGGCAACACUGGCCGCGACCGAGACGGCAGCAUGUGGAAACUGUACGCGCGAGCGGGAACGCGCUACAGUUGCGGACGGCGGACGGCCCGAAUUACCGCUGCUUAGUUUUGUUUUGAGGCGUUUUAACGUUCCAGUUGCACGGCAGCCGGCGCACGAGUCGUCCGUUCGCAUCGAAUGCUCGCUGCGAGUACAGAAUGUGCGGAUCGCAUUUCGACACGCGCAGCUCACGAUCGCGUUCGCUCCGAUAACAUCUGCAAAAUUCGAUAUAUAGCUCAUGUCGACGCGAUAGUGGCACAUUUCGCGUGUUGCGCCCGUAUCGGCCAUGUGAUCGAUCGAAAGUGAACGGAGUUGUCGCUCGCUAAUGUCUACCCCUGUCGACGAGAAAGGGAUAAAGAGUAUAUUCGUGGAAUGCUCCGGUCCGCGGAGGGUGUCAGUGGUCGCUGGUAAAGGCGAGUCGCGAUGCCACGGAGGAGCAGGUGGAUGCACCUGGUGGCCGGCGUUGUCGCCGGCGUCACCCUCGGUGUCUUCCUCAAACUGUGCUUAAAAACGUCUUCGAGGACUUCGAUACAAGCCUGUCCUGAGGCUGGGAAACUGUACGUGGAUCCGGAUCCACUGAGUAUCAUAGGUCUAAGGCCCGAAGAGACGGUGGAGAAUUCCAACAGGACUCUAGUGUUCGUGGGUGUGAUGACGGCGGAGCAAUACCUGGAGUCGCGCGCUCGUGCGGUGUACGACACUUGGGCGCAGGACCUGCCCGGUCGAAUCGCGUUCUUCAGCUCGGAGGUGUCGCGCGCGCCGGGCCUGCCGCUGGUGCCGCUGCGCUUCGUGGACGACAGCUACCCGCCGCAGAAGAAGUCGUUCCUUAUGCUCCUGUACAUGUACGAGAAGUACGGGGACAGGUUCGAGUGGUUCAUGCGCGCGGACGACGAUGUGUACGUGCGCGGCGACAAACUGGGAGAGUUUCUGCGCUCGGUGGACAGCCGCAAGCCACAGUUCAUCGGGCAGGCGGGGCGCGGCACAGCAGCAGAGCGCGACGCGCUGGCGCUCGAGUACAACGAGAACUUCUGCAUGGGCGGGCCCGGUGUGCUCAUCUCGCGCGAAACGCUGCGCCGCGUCGCGCCGCACGUCAAGUACUGUCUCAAGCACCUCUACACGACGCACGAGGACGUCGAGCUGGGCCGCUGCGUCGCCAAGUUCGCCGGUGUUUCCUGCACCUGGAGCUAUGAUAUGCAGACGAUCCUGCACCAUAACGGAAGCGGUUCGGCGGCGUACACCAGCACUCUCAAGCGGCGUGAGGUACACCGCGCCAUCACGCUGCACCCUGUCAAAGACCACCGUCAGAUGUACAGACUGCAUACAUACUUCAAGAACCUUCGUAUCCAGGAGUUGAAAGAACGUUCGUUAGACCUUCAUCGGGACAUCGCGGCCUCUGUGCAGGAGCUGGGCGUGGACGCCGAUAAAGUGGAGGAUUACGUGUUGCCGGGUGGGGAGCCCCUCUUCCCGCACAAAAUGGGAGAGGACGGCUAUUUAGGAAACAAUAGGAUAUUAGGAGCGCCAAUUAGUAUGAACAGGUUCAAAGCUGAUGACGUGGAGGACAUCGUGCACUUUGACUUCAUCAGCAAGUCCAUCUACAGUAUCAGCCAUUCCAACCCCAAGCGCAGGAUCGAGAGCCCGCUCAAGGAGGCGCUCGAUGACGUCAUCAGAGAGGUGAUGGAGAUAAUAAACGCGCCGUCCCGGCAGCGCGGGCGCGUGAUCGACUUCAACGAGCUGCUGUACGGGUACACGCGCCUGCAGCCGCUGCACGGCGCCGACCACGCGCUCGACCUCCUGCUCAAGUACAGGCGCUACCGCGGCCGCAAGAUGACCGCCGCCGUGCGCCGCCACGCCUACCUGCAGCAGUCCUUCACCGGUACGGAGAUCAGAGAGUUGCCGAUCGGCGAGCCUCCUCCCCCCGAGGAUCCCGCCAUCCUGGAGCAGGUGGAGGGCGUGGAGUACGAGGACUUCGACGAGCCGAGCCAGCAGCAGGGCUUCCUGGAGCGGCUGGACGUGCGCGGCGCGCUCGAGAGCGGCCUCAUGCGCAUACACAGCAACCUGCCCAAGGUGCUCCAGUGGAGCGGCGGCGAGCUCGAGUACCCGCUCUACGACAGGCGCAUUCACUUCGUCAUGCCUCUCUCCGGCCGACAGGAAACCUUCGGCAGGUUCAUGAAAAACUACGAGGAUAUCGUGCUGAAAACCGACCAGGCGGUGUCCUUGAUUAUAGUGCUCUACUUAGAUAGUAAGAACCCGUUGGAUUACGUGAACACGCAGUCUCUAGUCAAGUAUUACACGGAUAUGUACGGCAAAGAUAUAAGAAUAAUACAAAUGGGCUCGACCACAUUCUCGAGAGGGGCGGCUCUAACGGAGGGGCUGAAGCUGUGUCAGGACGACGACCUGAUCUUCUUCAUAGACGUCGACAUGAUGUUCAACCAUUUAUCGCUGAGAAGAAUCAGAAUCAACACGAUUAAGUACACACAAGUCUACUUCCCCAUAGUGUUCAGCGAGUUCAACCCUGACGUGGUAAACGGUGAAGAUUAUAACAAAUUCAAAGAUGAAAUAUUAAUCGCGGACGAUGAUAUCGGGAAGUUCGUCGAAGAAGAGGAAGAGACACCGAAGACUGAACGAGAACUCGCAGACUUGAAGUACAGCACUGAGAUAAACGAUGAGAACGGAUACUUCAGACAGUACGGAUUCGGUAUUUUAGGUCUAUACAAGUGCGAUUUUAUGCGAGUGGGAGGUUUCGAUUUAAACAUUAAGGGCUGGGGUAUGGAGGACGUGCAGUUGUUUGAAACUUUAAUCAAAUCCAACCUAACAGUGUAUAGAACGGCCGACGAUAGUUUAGUGCACAAGUUUCAUUCGGUGGACUGUGACAAGAAUUUGGAAAAGAGUCAGUUCCUAAUGUGUCUGGGUACAAAGGCGUCCACUUACGGUAGUGACAAGCACAUGGCGUACUACAUGUUGAACCACCAGGAGGUGUUGUGGCCUCAGGAGCAACAUGACAACGAACAAGAUAAAACCAAUGCAGAGGAUGUCGAUAAAAAAGAAGUCAAAGAAAAAGGUGCCAGCUAAUACAGGGUGAUACCGGGCCAGUCUUAAAAUUCGAGUUAAAAAGUGAGGUUAUGUCUCAUUUUUGUUGUUCCACAGACUAUAAUAAUAAAGAACAGACAAUAGAUAAUAUUUUUUUAUG